AUAUACUUUCCUCAAGAGAAUCUUGAGCAAAUGGAGAGGAUCUUGAAUUACUAUUAAUAAUGCACUAUUACAGGAUGAAUCAAUGGGGAAUCAAGUAAAUGAAAACAUGAAUAUAUAUUUCAAUAUUCCACAAGUUCAUGGCUUGGAGCCCUGUAGGGAAGAAGGUAAGGAUAUAAAAAUUCAAGAAAUCAACAAUGGACAUAAUAUGAACCUUGCCAUCACAAAGUGCAACGGGGAGUCGCAAGGCAAAUUGGCUCUAGUAAUUAAUCACUACACGGAGACACUAAAUCAGGAAAUAUCUCAUCUUUUAGGGUACCCUACUAAUCAGAGCUUUGAUUAUGGCGCAUUGGCACCUUUAAUGCAAUUUCACAUAAACAAUCUUGGUGAUCCAUUUAUUGGAAGCAGUUAUGGUGUAAAUUCAGCCAAGUUUGAAGUUAGUGUGCUUGAUUGGUUUGCUAAACUAUGGGAAAUAAAGAAGGAAGAGUAUUGGGGAUACAUUACAAGUGGUGGAACUGAAGGCAAUUUUCAUGGACUUUUAAUAGGAAGAGAAAAUUUUCCAGAUGGUAUUAUAUAUACCUCACAGGACUCCCAUUAUUCAAUAUUCAAGAUUGCAAAAAUGUACAGAAUGCAAUGCAUAAAAGUUAGCACAUUGACCACUGGUGAGAUUGAUUGUGCUAAUCUGAAGACUUUACUUCUUGCACAUAAGGACAAGCCAGCUAUCAUCAAUUUAAAUAUAGGAACAACAAUGAAAGGAGCUGUUGAUAACAUUGAUAUGGUAAUACAAACACUUGAGGAAAGUGGUUUUACUCGAGAUCGAUUCUUUAUUCAUUGUGAUGGAGCUUUGCUUGGAAUUAUGUUGCCACUUAUUAAACAAGCUCCGGUGAUUACCUUCGAGAAACCCAUCGGAAGUAUAACUAUUUCGGGCCAUAAAUUUUUGGGAUGUCCAACGCCUUGCGGUGUUUUAUUAACUCGCUUAGAACAUACCAACACCUUCUCUAAAGAUAUUGAGGUGAUUGGUUCUAGAGAUGCCACAAUUAGUGGUAGUCGAAGUGGUCAUGCUCCAAUCUUUAUUUGGUAUGCUUUGCAAAAAAGAGGUUUAAUAGGACUUGAAAAUGAAGUGCAAAAGUGCUUAAUGAAUGCACGUUACUUAAAAGAUAAACUUUGUGAUGUUGGUAUUAGUACAAUGUUAAAUGAGUUUAGCAAUACGGUUGUUUUUGAGAAGCCAUUAGAUUGUGAAUUUAUUCGAAAAUGGAAUUUAGCAUAUCAAGGAAAUAUUGCACAUGUUGUGGUAAUGCAACAUGUUACUAUUGAAAUGUUGGAUUCUUUUGUUGAUGAGUUUACUCAAAAAAGAGCAACUUGGUAUGGAUUGAGAAAGCCUAUAUGCCUUGCAAACGAAAUUGGUGCUGAAAAUUGUGCAUGUAUGUUGCACAAAUGAUAAUUUACUGAAUGGAAUGGAAUAGAACGAAAUAUAUUCAAUUAUAAAUAUUAUUAUAUUACGAGUAAAUAAUUUACUCAACAUGUUGUCAUCAAUUUGUAAUGUUAUAUCUUAAUUUUAUUUAAUUAAGAUUUAUGAAUAAUGAUUUAGACUAUUAACUAUUGUUAAUGUCUAUUAUCUUUUGUAAAAUUUAUGAAUUGAUGUAGUCUACUCCACUUAGUGGAUAAGGCUUGAUUGUUGUAUAUGUUGUAAAUUUGUAAUGGUAUAGACAAUUAACUAUUGUUAAUGUCUA